CAAGACGAAUCCGCACGCUCAACCUUAGACAAUGGCCAGUAAACCCAAGUCAAAGCAGGAGGAGGCCCUGGCGUUCCUUGACGACCUCGAUAACAUACCCCCUCCGCCUCCCAGCUCCAGCGGCGCGCAGAAUGCACAACCUCCCUCUGAAGGCGAAGCGGAGGUGUACGCCUUCAUCGACGAAAUCACGCAGAAGAGCUCAGAGCCCCCGCGUUCCACCCUCUUGCACGCCGAUCGGCCGUCGCGUGCAGGCACUCCUACUCUGCGCAAGAGCACCGAGCGCGUGAGAGUCGGUGCAUCCUCGCCGCUCUUGCCAACUGCUUCGAGCUCUACAACUCCUCUUUCCGCCACGCCCCUUGUUCGGACGGAAUCGAACAAUUCGCGUGUCUCGCUUACUUCCGCUGUGAAGCAGGAAUCGGGUCAGGCGACACCACCCCUCGCACCGCAGUCUCAGCUGCUAGCGAGCUCGUCCAGCGGCUGGGGAUGGAACAGCGUCUGGUCGACAGCGUCUUCCGCUAUUCAACAAGCCAGGACUGUGGUCGACGAACAGGUCAAGAACCUUCCCAAGAAUGAACAGGCACGUAAAUGGGGAGAAGGUGUCCUAGAGUAUGCGAAGGCCGCGCAGCUGGACAAACUCGGCAAGGACUUCAAGCGAGUGGGUCUAUCGACUCUCACUGACAUCCUGAAUGUUGUCGCACCUCCGAUCUCGGAGCACGAAGUCAUCCAAGUCUGGCUCAGUCACGAUAUGAUCGGGUAUGAUGGCGUCGAGUCCCUUGUGUACAGAGCCCUGACAAGGAUUAUGGAACAAGUCGAGGGUGGUGACCUGGUGGUCAACCGAGGAGACGAGUCUCGACCCAAGUCAGGCUCGCCAGAGAAGCGCGAGACAAAUGCGGUCGACGGCCUUGAUGCUGCUAUCAAGCUGGCACAGGCCGAGCUGAAUGAAGUGAUCAAGCGCAACGUGCAGCCUCCGUCAACAACUAACCCAGCUCAGAAUCCUACCACGUAUUCAUACGUGUACCUGCGCAUCCAGCCCUUCAGGACAUCACUAUCCCUCCCGUCACAAUCAGAAUUAGAGGCCGAGAGCAUUUCGCAGACGACCCUGCAGUUCCUUCUUUACCUUGCCGACCCUGUUCACCAAGUCGUACACUCCACCAUCACACAAGCGAUACCGAACAAAUGGCUCGAUAUCUGGGACGAGUAUGAGUGGGUCGAGGAUUCGGUUGUAGAGGCCAUCAGGGUAGGCGUGGAAGUCAUUGGACAAGAGUACGUCGUCUCGCGGAUGGGUUGGGACCAGAAGAAGACGGAGGAUACCAAGGUAGAGGCGGAGCUCGCCACUGCAGUCGAAACAAAGGCUCAGUGAAAUCGAUCAAUGCAAACCUGGCUCGCCGCGCGGUG